CACCGAAUAGACUUUCAAUAUCAAAGCUUUUAUGGUCAUUUUCAAAUUCUCCUAACGCAAGUCUCCAAGUACAUAUCAGAUGGCCUUCAUUGAAUUUAAGUUGCAAUGUUUGGUCAGCUCAUGUUGCAAUCCUUGGCUCUAUUGAAAAAGGAUGA